AUGGACAUCGUUAUGAACGUUAAUUUUACUCAUCGUUUUCAAAAUGGAACUGUCACAGUUAUUGAAAGAGAACCAGAAUUGAUAUUCAAUAAGGAAGUUACGUAUUAUGUUCUGCUAAUCAACACUUGGGGAUUAGGCCAAGGUGUAACAUGCUUGGGUCUGAUUGUUAAUAUCCUCAACAUCAUCAUCUUUAUCCGACAAGGCUUUAAGGAGUCCGUCAAUGUGAGUCUGUUCUCACUCACUAUAUCUGAUCUAGGUUCACUUGUGUUUCUAUUUUUUCUUAAUCUGUGUUGGAUCCCGGCUGUCGGAAAACUAGACCUUCCAUUCUACCCUGAUCAGAUGAUUUAUUUUUUAUUUUACGGUCAUGUCAUGUUCACGAGAGUCACCACCGGAACGACAGCUUGGAUCGCUAUGGAGCGAUGUUUGUGUAUUAUCACCCCUUUGAAAGUUAAGUCCCUUAUCACUGGCAGGAGAACUGUCGUUUUCGUUUGUGUGUUGUAUUUAAUCUCUACAGCCUCAUGUGCGCCGCUGUUGUAUACUUCAAGAUUUAGGUGGAUAUUUGAUGCCUUCAGAAACAAAACUCUGCUUGGGCUGGUAAAAAUAGAAAAUAGAGAAAAAAUAGAAGGAGUUGUCUACGUGGUCAACAACGUAAUGCCGAUAACCUUCUUCAUUGUUAUCGUUGGCUGCACUGUUGUUCUCAGCAAAGCCUUACUUAAAAAUGCGGAAUGGAGACAACGUACUGCGAUACAGAAAGAAGGGACAAACAGAGACACAAAAGUUGUUAAACUUGUCUUGAUUAUCUCCCUAGUUUUCAUUUUCUGUUACGCUCCUGGCUCUUUAUUUUUCCUGUGGGUUCUCAUUGACCGUGAGAUGAAAAUUGAUGGGAAACAACGAAAUUUUUUGAUUGCUUUCUUUGGGAU